AUGUACAUUGCGAGAGUUAUUUUAAUAUAUACGCUCUGGAUGCUUCCAACCCUAAUUUUAAUGCAAGAUUUGGUGUACGAUAGGGAUAUGGAAAUCUAUAAAUAUCUCAAAGCAUUUGGAUAUUUAAAUGGUAAUGUGAGCGGUUUUCAUCAUCGUCAUCAAAUGGGAUAUACAACAAUGACGGAAGGGUUACGUAAAUUGCAGGGAUAUUUUCAACUGCCAGUAUCGGGUGAAGUUGAUUUUAAUACUUUGGAUUUGAUUGGUAAACCAAGAUGUGGGAAUAAAGACUUGGAAGACAUAUCAGUAGACGCUAAACGUACGAUACAUCGAAAGUGGGGGAUCCCAAUAGUUAAAUGGGCCAUCUAUAAUAAAUAUCCAGAUGGCUUUCCCAAUAUCGUUGAAAGGGCAUUUGCGGUUUGGGCUAAGCAUAUAGAUUUAAAGUUUCAGAGCUCGUUUACCGACGUCAACAUUCUAAUCGGGUUUAAAGGUUAUAACCAUACGUGCAUACGGAACGUAGGGUCAAUGUGCGGUAGUACAUUCAAAAAUGGAAUUUUGGCUCACGCUUACUAUCCCUAUAUUAAUGGACGUAAUGUUGAAAUCCACAUAAACGCAGAUUUAGAGUUUGAUUUAUCCAACUCUACAGUAGAUGGGAAAUAUAACCUAUUUUUGGUAAUAGUGCAUGAAAUUGGACAUUCCUUAGGUUUAACGCAUCGAGUUGAACUCGAUUCCAUCAUGCAUCCCACCUAUGGUCACAUGAGAAUUGAAGAUUUCAAGUUGAAUAGCAGAGAUAUUGCAGCAAUUCAAGCUAUAUAUGGGAGACCCAAACUGUAUACAUCAUCGACCGUUUCAAGUCACGUUACGUCAUCAUAUAGGAGCACGACGAGUUGGCCUACGACAAAGCCUGCCGUUCAACCCUCAAUAUUUAGAGACGUUUGCGAGGUGGAUUCAACGUUUUCGGGUUUUUUAAUUCACUAUCAACCCAAUCCUAUAGACAUAAAUGAUUGGCUGCCGACUUUGAGGAAUGUUUUUCGUGCUGUAGACUAUAGCUAUAAAGUGUUUAUCUCACCUAUAGGUGACCUUAUAGUUAUAAUGGAAAAUUCAAUAUAUAGAAUUGAUUUUAAGAGUAUGAAUGUGCGGUCUGUGUGGCCAUUUACUUCGACCGAGUUAGGGUUUAACAAUUUUACUCGAGUUAACGGGAUAGUUACAAGCAAUUACGGCUUGCCAUACAUAUUUUUCGAUGACAUGUACGCAAUUCAAGUGGAUUUUAAUUACUUUAGAAAGGAGAGAGUUAUAGUUUCGAUGGGUGAACUUUUUCCGGGAAUUCCGACUUCUUUCAAUGGGGUUUACAAAGGUUCCGACGGCAUCUUCAAUUUCUUUGUUGGCGAUCGAAUCCUCCAAUACGAUGAAUAUUUAAAGGAGGUUGUAGACACCUGUCACAAGAGCCUAUCGAUAUUAGGGAUAACUUGCCCCUAUAUAACAAUUUUAGAUCAAUUGAAAUCCCUCCUCUCCACAAUAAUUUCGACCAAUCUCUCAAUUCCCAUAAAUUAUUAA